AGGGCGGCGCCCCCAGGGGGCGGGCACACUCACCCGGCGGCUCACCCUCGGGCCGGGACCCGACGGCGCCGCUGAGGUCGCCCUUCCGAGCCCGGUGCGACCCUUGGCCUUGGGCUGGACGCCAUGGACGCCUUCGCCCGCUUCACCAACCAGACCCAGGGCCGGGACCGGCUCUUCAGAGCCACUCAGUACACAUGCAUGUUGCUUAGCUAUUUGUUAGAGCCUCACGCUGGCAAAGAGAAGGUGGUAAUGAAGCUCAAGAAACUGGAGUCCAGUGUGAGCACUGGCCGUAAAUGGUUCAGACUAGGCAAUGUGGUCCAUGCUGUGCAGGCCACUGAGCAGAGCUUGCACGCCACGGACCUGGUGCCCCGCGUAUGCCUGACACUCGCCAACCUGAACCGUGUGCUGUAUUUCAUCUGUGACACCGUCCUCUGGGUGAGGAGUGUAGGGCUGGCCUCUGGCAUUAACAAAGAGAAAUGGCGAACGUGGGCCGCACGCUAUUACUGCUAUUCUCUCCUGCUGAGCCUGGUCAGGGAUCUGUAUGAAAUCUCUCUGCAGAUGGAGCAGGUUGCACACGACAGGGCAAAGAGGAAGAAGUCACCAUCCCAGGAGCUUCUUGAGGAAACAGAAUGGCUCCAGUCCUUUCUCCUCCUCUUGUUCCGAUCUCUGAGGAAGCACCCUCCCUUGUUCCUGGACACGGUGAAGAACUUGUGUGAUAUCCUGAACCCUCUGCACCAGUUGGGGAUCUAUAAGUCCAAUCCUGGUGUCAUUGGACUUGGAGGUCUUGUGUCCUCUAUCGUAGGCAUCAUCACUGUGGCGUGUCCUCACAUGAAACUGAAUACCCACUGAGGUGGUUUCAGGUUGAAAACUUGUACCUUUUAGUGGAAUGGACUUUUGCAUUAGUCACAGACCGUGUUACAACCUGCUUAAAGACUUGUUCACGAGAACAUUUAGUGGCCCGUGACGUGAGCAGAAGUCGGUCCGAGAAUGGAGAAGGAGAGAGCAUGAAGAUUAUAUAUGUUUUUAGAGUACUGGAGUGACUUCUGAAUUUCUGAGUAUUUUCCCCUCGUCUAACAUUUACUGAGCAUCUCUUACGCGCAUAGUAGGAGCUUAAUUUUUGCUGAAUGAAUAAAAAUUGAAAGAAAACAAUUGAAAAAGGCCCAAACUGACCAUUGAACACUAAUAUACAGUAACCUUUGGGCUGCGGUCCUCACUCUUUUGCAGACCACAGCAGGUCUGACGCACAGCCCCCUCUCUGCUCUAGUAGAGGCCCCUUCUUCCUCUGCUCAGUUACCCGCCCCCUUCUUCCACAGAUGCCAGUGCCAGGAUGGAGGGGAGCUGGGCUUACAGCCUCGGAAAUUGCCCAUGUUUACAUCACUGCACUCCGGUCCUUGUCCAGAAGUGGAAUCAGAAACGCAUCAGGCACCUCCAUGGCAUAAACUGUGUCUUUAGGUAGUGCAGUGAAGAAGCAAACAUCGGAAACAGAGAGAAAGAACUUGAGGUAAAAAUAAAUGUGGAAGGUCACAACGGGUAUCUGGAGGUAGCCUGUGUCAGAUGAGGAAACUGAGGUUUAAAAAAACAGAACCUCACUCCUCUGAUUCUCAGUCCAGCAUUUUUUCCAUGCUAUUUCACUGCCUCCCGGAUGGAGUGGCAAGGGGAAACUCCAGGGUCCUGUGCAGAAAGCCUCUGGGAGAACAUCUGUUGGUCAGUGGUUUUAUCAUUUAUUCUACAAAAGCUAAAACUAUGUAUAGACUUAACUCGAUUGUUUUAUUUCAAGCCAUAUUGCAGUUUGGGCUCUUCUAAAUUAAUUUUCAUCAGUUUAUGCAAUUAAGAAGUUUCACAAAUACUCUGAUUCUAGGAGGGUUGCAAUUUUCUGUGAUAAGUCAGACUUCCUGUGUGUCGGCGGUCGGGCAGGUGGGACGAGCAGUAGGGGCCAGUGAAGAGGACAUUUGAAUAUUGAGUCAGGGCCAUGUGCUCACAUUCCCACUCCCCGUCUUGGGUGUUGCCUUCUUAUUUGGGAUUACAGAUCUAAUUUGACGGAAGUAGGGUAGAAAAAUAGGUGGCCGGUGGCAGCCCUAUCAUGAAAGCUAUCUUGUCUAUCUGAGUGGAAAUAUGAAAAGAGAUGUGCACCAAAUAAAUUUCCCAUAAAUGUGACUGAGCUCCUUAAAAAGUAGACUCAGGUCCUCGGCUUUCUGUUUUUAAAGUGAUCAAUCAAGAUACAGGAUUUGAGCAAGAACAUUUUGGGAAUUUUAAGAGAAAUGAAAGCUGCUGGAUCAGGGUAAAUAAGUUUAAUUUUACUCUGUCCAGGUCCUCUACUGUAAUAGAUUAAUUGUGUGUAAUUAAAUUUCUAAACAAAGUUGACUCAUGUGUCUGUGAACGUGUUCUGGGAAUGGAGAAGAGCUCAAAGGAAGAUCUAGAGACGGUCUUCGUCGGAGUCUGCACGGCCGGUAGGUAGAGGGAGCUGGUGAAACGAGUGCUCGCCUGGAAGAACCAAGCUGAGGAGGAGGAGAAAGAAGGAUUUAUAAUUAGAACUUCUGGAUUGAAAGAGACCCCUAAGAUGAUCUCGCCGAGAUUGCUCCCCAGGAGAGGGUCCUCUGUUUCAGCCCUGUCAGUGGAGUUUUGGCUUCUACCUGGAGAAGUCAGCCCUGAAUCUACAGAGCGGUGUGUGACGGCUGGCUCCAUCUGGGUACUUCUGUCCUCUGCAGGUUAGGUUGGGUGGUGGGGAGUUAGGGGAAUGUCACCUCUUCGGAAUACGUGAAAACCACGGUGCCCCGGUGCCUCUCUCCCUGUGCAUCCUGCUCCUUUUUAACUGGCCCUUCCCACCUCUGAGCCUCCACAUGCUUGAGGGAUUGUAAAAACCAAAGAUAGUUCCUAAUAGAUGCCCAGGCCAGCACAUUCGCAACUGAACCUCGUUGCCCAAGAACUUACUUAUUCAACCCUGAGUGUCUGAGCGCCAUGCC